CGCGCGCGCUCGGCGUGCACCCGAUACGUCCGCGCCGCGCGCUCGUCGCGCGAACACGCCACCGCGUCGUCGCCAGAAGCGACAUGUCUCAGCGCGAGACGCUCAUCGCCGCGACCCCCGCGGUGAACGACGCGGGCAUGGACGCCGCGAUGAAAGGCUGGUUCAGCGAAGUCUCCGACGAGAUGUGGCCCGGUCAAGCGAUGUCGCUCAAGGUGGAGGAGGUGCUCUUCCGCGGCAAGUCCGACUUCCAGGACGUCAUGGUUUUCCAGUCGGCGACGUACGGAAAAGUCCUCGUUCUCGACGGCGUGAUUCAGUGCACCGAACGCGACGAGUUCUCGUACCAGGAGAUGAUCGCGCACCUGCCGCUGUGCUCGCUGCACCACGAACCCAAGAAGGUGCUCGUCGUCGGCGGCGGCGACGGCGGCGUGUUGCGAGAGAUCACGCGGCAUCGAUCCGUGGAGCGUCUGGACAUCGCGGAGAUCGACGGGGUCGUGAUCGAGACGGCGAAGAAAUAUUUCCCCGGGAUGUCCCUAGGGUUCGACGACCCGCGCGUGCGCGUGCACGUCACGGACGGGAUCAAGUGGGUGGGCGACGCGGAGGCGGAGUCGUACGACGCCAUCAUCGUGGACUCCUCCGACCCGGUCGGACCCGCCGCGGUGCUGUUCGAGCGGGAUUUCUUUGAAAAGAUUCACCGCGCGCUCAAGCCGGGGGGGGUGGUGUGCACGCAGGGCGAGUGCGUGUGGCUGCACGCGGAACUCAUCAAGGACGUUCUCGAGAUGUGCAAGAGCAUAUUCGUCGGCGGCAGCGUGCAGUACGGGUUCACGACGAUACCUACGUACCCGUCCGGGCAGAUUGGGUUCGUGAUGUGCUCCAAGCCGGACGCGGCGGGGAAAACCGUGGACUUCGCGACGCCCGCGCGGCCGCCGCCGAUUGCGCCGGAGGGAUCGAAGCUCAAGCCGUUGCGGUACUACAACGCCGGGGUGCACGCGGCGGCGUUCGUCCUCCCCGAGUUCGCGCGCGCGGCCGUGGAGCCGUUCGUCGUCAAGGGCACCGGGCAGAAGUAG